AAUAUGGAAAUUUUUUAUUUUUCUAAUAUAAAAAAUGUAUAUUUACCUAAAUUAGUAAAUCGUUACUGUAUUUCGAGUUUGUGACAUUUAAAUCAAGGGUUUAAAUUUUGAAAUUGUGACACAUGUUGUGAGCAAUUCCCAGUUGAAAUUGUUGAUCCUGAGAUCUUAUCUUUAACAUCCAUGACAUGACUUCCCCACGCAAUGAACAUCUCUUCUCCACUGCAACUCAUUUCUUUAAGAUUAUCCUCGCAACACAUGGAAGACUUAAGCUUCCAAAAGCAUUCACAAGAAAAUAUGGAGAUGGAAUAUCAAACCCUGUGUUUCUGAAGUCUCCAGAUGGGACUGAAUGGGAAAUACAUUGGAACAAGCAUGAUGGUGAGAUUUGUCUUCAAAAGGGUUGGAAGGAGUUUGCCACAUUUUAUUCCCUAGAUCAUGGGCACUUGCUGUUGUUUGAAUAUAAGGGAACUUCUCAUUUUGAUGUGCACAUAUUUGACAAUAGUGCCCUUGAAAUAGACUAUCCUUCCCAUAAUGGAAAGGACAACAUUACUGUUGAAUAUGUUGAAAUUUUUGAUGACCAAAAGACUAGAGUGAAAUCAACUCUAUCAUCUCCUCAACCUUGUAAGAAAAUGAAAACGAGCAUAACUACAAAUGUUGAAAGAAGCACCAAUGGGGUAAACUUGCAUCAGCGUGUCCAAACCAGAAGUACUAGCUCUCAAAAGGCAAAACUAGAUGAAGAUGAGAUUAAAAUGGUGCAGUUAACUUCUACCUCUUUAAACAAAGCAACAGCUGUCAGAUCUGAACAUCCAUCUUUCAAGCUUGUUAUGAAGCCACCCUAUAUUAAUGGAUAUUACCUGGAUAUACCACCACAGUUUUCAAAACAAUAUUUGAAGAAAACACAUGCAGUUGUCCUCCUUAGGGUCUUGGAUGGGAGAAGUUGGCCUGUUAUUUAUUCUGCUCCUAGAAUUAAUGGGGGGUGGCAGAAAUUUGCGUUGGAAAAUAAUUUGAAUGUGGGGGAUGUUUGUGUUUUUGAGCUAAUCCAGGAGAUCCAUAGCAUUGCUUUCACAGUUUCCAUCUUUCCAGGUGCAGAGAAACCAAGUUGCCCCAUUUCACAAGUGAAAGCUAAAACUGAAUUCAAUGAAAAUGCAAAAAUAGAUCAUUCAAAAUGCAGAAUAGUGCGUCCUUCAACUAACUGGACAGGUGGAAGUUCAAGCCAAAGAUCUUCACUGUUGCAAAGUCACACCAAGCCAAAGAUUUUAACAACCAGAGCCCGUAAAAAAGCUAGCGAAUUCACAUCAGAAAAUCCCUUUUUCACGGUCACUUUAACGAAUCAGAAGAGACUAAAGACACCCAGAUGCCCGUAUGUGCCUAGUGAGUUUGUGAGAAAGUAUUUUGUAAAGAUGAAGCAGAAUGUGAUGAUGAUACAGUUUAAAAAGAAAGUGUGGCCUUUAAAGUUUGCAUUUCAUUCAUGCGCUGUUUCGGGCAUGUUGGCUGGUGGUUGGUCCUCAUUUGCAACUGAAAAUGAACUGCAACAUGGAGAUGUUUGUAUCUUUGAGCUCGUCAAUAGAGAAGAUACAAUACUUGAUCUUCAUGUUUUCAGAAAUCAUUGUAAGGUAAUGCAUUAGGGGUUGUUGGCUUUUAUAAAGCUUUUUUUUAGUAUGGUAUAUUUAGCACUCAACUCAUCUUCUAUGACAUGGCUUAUAUCUCAACCGAGAGAUGCAUGUCAAAGGAUUUGACUUUAUCGUUUCAAUGUAUUUGUGUGCAUAUAUAUUGCAUGACAUGUAUUUUUAUAUUA